GAAAAUUGCAUUGAAGAAACAAACAUUCGAAGCCAAAAUGGUCGAGGGAAUUGCAUUUUGGAAUGAGAAUUGUGUAGAAUUCUCCACUGAAGAAUUCCAAAAUUAUCCUCUGGUAGACUUUGUAAAUCAAGAAAAUGAUGAAGAAGACUCUGGAAUUCUGGGUUUUGAACAAUGCUCCAUUUCCAAGAGAAUGAGGCUUUCACCUGAAUUUACUCCGCAGGAAGGAGAUGUAGAUUCAUGUGAAGAUUCAAGUCCUCUUGGUUUGAAACUGCGCAAGACGCCAUCUUUUAUGAAUUUGUUGGAGAUGAAGUUAUCCCAAUGGAGGAAAGAAGAUUGUUCAUCAGAGAGCAAUCCCAGAUUGGGACAACAUAGUCCUAAAACAAAAUGUUCGGAGAAAUUAAAGGCUACGAACUUCCCUGCAAUUUUACUUAGAAUUGGAAAUUGGCAGUGGAUUUCUGAGCAUGAAGGCGAUUUGACAGCCAAGUUAUACUAUGCAAAACACAAAAUGGUCUGGGAAGUGUUGGGUGGGGCACUGAAGAGCAAGAUUGAGAUACAAUGGUCUGAUAUUACUGCAAUUAGAGCCAUUAUCCGUGAUAACGUAUCAGGAAUUCUCCAGAUUGAGUUGAACAAACCACCUUUGUUCUUCGGAGAAACCAAUCCCCAACCGCGCAAGCAUACUCUUUGGCACCAAACAUUGGAUUUUACCGGUGGUCAAGCUUCCAUUUUCAGGAGACAUUAUGUGAGUUUUGCUCCGGGGAUGCUCGAUAAACACUACGAGAAGCUUUUGCAAUGUGAUCAACGAUUAUUCUCAUUAAGCCAGAAGCCCUUCCCUAGCCAGGAGUCCCCAUAUUUUGACUCGGUUGUCUAUGGAUGUUCACAAUCUUUUUUCACUUUGAAUGGAUAUCAAUCAGAAUUUGAUCCUAGAAUGCAGUAUUCUCAUCAAACACAUCGUGCUCCUUCCAUCACUGGCAAGAUUGAGGAUUUUGAAAUAAUGACAAGGUCACCUAUAAAACUAAUUUCUUCGGAUGAAAAAGCAAGAAACUAUAGAUUUCUGAAUGAAAGACAAAGAGUUUGCAAUGAAGGAGAAAAUGUUGCUUGGGAUGAAUCACAAGCCAAUUAUGUUUUUAGUCCACUGAAUUCUAUGUCAGCGGAAGAUGUUGGGGUAUUUAGUCUAAAUACGAGUGUCCUAAAUGAAAUUGAGAACCAUUUGCUAGGAGACCAUCAAUUCGUAGGCUCUAAUGAAGGAGCAUUUUUCACAAGUGUGAAAUUGAUGUGUCCAUUGAUUGAGCCAUUGGAUGUCAAUCCAAUCAAUGCAUCAUUUGCGAAUCAGUUGGAUAUAGACUAUCAAAGCACAGAUAUACAAGUAAAUCAUGAUACAUUUGAGAAUCCAGUGCUGUUUGGCCUCUACUCAGAUCCUAUGAAUUCGUUAUCUCAUCAAGAUUCUAGUGAAAGCGUAAAGAUGGAAUCAACAAUGCCUUAUCAAUACUUGUUGCCCGUCGGUGAUUUUUCAACUCCAAAUGCAACAUAUAGCUGAUUUUAAGAUCUACAAAUGAAAGUUGAAAAUAGAGAAUUUGCUUUAUAGGGAUAAGUGUAAGUAUCUAGUGAUAAUCCCUUAUAUGUUCUACAUGUUUUUGGGCUUUCCAUCAUUUGGGAAUAGAACUGCUCUUUUCCUUUGGUUCAAACUAAUAGUUGGGAGGAGCUUCAAUCUGAUUGGGAUUAAUGUUUUGAUUAUGACUUUUUAAGUUCAAUAUAACUCUCUAUUCUUUUCG